AUGAAACAGGCUUCACUUGAACACGCCCCCUGUGCUCGAUCCAAGUCUCGGGGGUUUGGUGUCACAUCCGGUCACAUCCGUCACUACCGGUGUCACAGUCGCGUGCAGUUUUUUGGGAUUUUGCAGCUGUUCGUCGUGACUGACGUCGUCAUGGUGGAUUCCGAACGUAAAGCGUCCUCUUACAAAACCGUGGCUUUGCCUGAGUCCCAGUUGGACAUUGCGGGCCUGCCGUACUCGGUGUCCGUCCUCAAAGUUGGGUACUGUGUGUCUCAGGCCGACGGGACGCUCCGAGCCGACGGGACCAUUUCUCUUAUAACAGGACCGAAGAACAUUCUGGUGGACACCGGCGGCCCGUGGGACCGGGACUUUCUGCGAGGGAGACUGAGAGAAAAAGGGCUCGAACCUGAAGACAUUAACGUUGUCGUGGGGACUCACGGACACUCGGACCACAUCGGGAACCUGAACCUGUUUUCGGCCGCGCUGACGGUCGUUGGAUAUGACGUCAGUGUUAAAGACACGUACCGCUCCAAUAAACUGGCAGAAGGACAAGAUUACUGCAUCGAUGAGCAUGUAUCUGUUGUUCCUACUCCAGGCCACACGGGACAGGAUGUCAGCGUGCGAGUGAAGGGAACCUCAAUGGGUACAGUGCUGCUUGCAGGGGACUUAUUCGAGUCCUGCUCGGAUGACGACACUUGGCGGGAUCUGAGUAUGAACCCUGCCAUACAAGCAAUCAACCGCUUGCAGGCGCUGUGCACUGCUAAUGUCAUCAUUCCUGGACAUGGACUCCCAUUUGAAGUUCUCAGGGACUGAUACUCCAAAUCAACACCACUCAGAGAAUCAGCUCCAACACUUAACUGAGACUAUUAAAGUAACACCCAAAAAGUUACAAUCACCUUUUAGAGUCUUUUUCUCUGGCUUGUUCCCUAUCAGACAAACAGCAGUGUCUUUGAUUGUCCUCAGUUUUUCUUAUUGCUGAGAAGCAGAAAACUAGAGCACUGCGCUCGUAGAGCACAAACCUCCGCCAGUACUAGUAUCCAAUUCCACAAAAUUUUACCUUGGAAAAAAUUUCAAAGUCAAAGUCCUGUUAGAAGUGGAUUGUCAUAAUUAAAGUUAAAAAACGUACAAAAGUACAAUAAAAGCACACGUCAUCAAAAAAUAUCACAGUACAACUAAAUUAAAUGUGAUCAAAUGUCAGGAGCAUGUAUUUAGUUCAUGAACUUGAAUCAAAGUUUUUUGAACAUUAUUCAAAAACGUUUUCAGCUUUUUCAGUUUCUGAAUUCUUUUUCACAUCAUUCUCACAGAACAUUGGUUUUCUCUGCUGUGCACAAUUUGUCAUUGCUUUUUGGAACUUGGUUUCCAAUUGAUAACUGGAAGACAAACAGGCAUAAAAUUGGAACUUCCGUCCAAUUUUGGUGGUGUAAGUAAAUCCGUAACAGGAAAAAUGAGAGCGACUGAGGCACUUUUGAUUGUGCCACAAUGCAAAAUGUACAUCAUAUGUGCUUUUCAGUAUUAAAUUCAAAUGUCAAAAUCCACAAUCCGGAUCAGUUAAGCUCAUAGUACUUGGUAGUACAGUUCCUUAUAUAUUAGUCAGCUCUUGGUGUUGAGUGGGGUCGGAGUGAGUGCUUCAAUGGGGUCUUCAGGUUGGCACCCUGCUUUAUUGCUGUUUCAUUGGUUGGCCUACGACACCUCCACGGGGCCCAUCAGUGACAUCUGGCAUCCCUGGUGUGCCCCCCCCCCCCCCCCCCCCCCCCCGCUGCUUUUACCACCUGAUCAUCAUUUUACAGUCCAGAUGGGUUCAUUUCUCUUGAUCCACAGCCAUCUGCUGCUUUGUUUGGCGGCUUCACACAGCGAUGAACCGCAUUCGGUGGGAACGUACUCACUUUGUUGGUCUUCUAGAGCCACUGCGGUCCUCAGCACUGAGCCACCUGCAGGUUGGAUCAUGCCCACAGGAAUGCACCACAUGGCCAAAAUGUUAAUGCUCACAUUCCCUCACAAUGCCAGUGAUACUGCCGAGUCUCCAUAAGUAACUGUUCAUUUGACACAAAGUCCUUCCAGCGGUAUCUGAGGACAAUAUUGUCCACUACAAUGAAUCUGUCUGGAUUCAGCAGUUUUCCAAAACAUGAGAACCAUAAGGAGACUAGUUAAGGCACCAAGACACGAGGGAUGUGGGAAAAAAUAUCGAUAUUAUAUCACAAUAUUUACUGUAUUUUCUGGAGUAUCAGUCACUUUUUUAUUUAUUUUUUUAUUGUUACAGAGAAGGUCAGUCAUUUUUUGAACUGUCUCCUCCAGACAGAUUGUAACAUACAGUUUGUGUAUCGUAACAAUGGACGUGAAUGACGCCAAAAUAUAUGCUGUGAUCAGGAAAUAUUCAUGUGUUCAUCUCGAUUUGUCUAAAGGAAACUGUUUUGCUGUCAAUAAGGGUUCCAUAUUAAGGGUUUUUUUUUUAAUUUUAAAUAACUUUAUUACGUUUGGGGAGGUGAUGGUCUAGUGGUUAAGUGUUGGUGUUGAGCCCAGAGGAUCCUCAAUUCAAACCACCGUCAGGCCGGAAAAUCACUAAGGGCCUUUGAUCAAGGUCCAUAAUUGCCAAGUUGCUCCCAAUGUGUUAUGAGCUCCUCGUGUGACAGCACCGUGACUUGAGUGUUUGGGUGAAUGUGAAGCACCAUUGUAAAGCAUUUUGACCUUCUGAUGGAAAAAGUGUUAUGUAACUGCAGUCCAUUUUACAUGAAUGAAUUUUGCUCUUGAAUAAUUUUGGACAUGUUAUACCAAUUCCAUUUUGAACAAGAGGAAAAACUUUAACGUGUGACACACUUAUGUCCAAUAAUGUUGGGAACAAUUUUUUUUUUUUUUUUAUUAAAUUUUUAUUUGUUAAUCUGUGUUUGGGCCAUCCUUCUCUGUCAGGAAAAAAAACGUCAAACUAAAAGCUUGGAUUUUGUUGGUCAGGUCUCUGCAGCGACUUGCUGCGUAUUUAGCAGCCGGGAAACCCAUUUAUGUAAUAAAACUAAUAAUACGCUCUUAGUAUUUCAAGUUUAUUCAUGGCUACAUUUAAUGUGGGGUCAGUGCUCAGAGACUAGAGGAAACUGUAUGUUGGACACUCAGUUUUUCUGAUCUGUGAGUAACUAAGAGCUUUUAAAGAAAUCAGUAUUGUAAAGUUCCUCGCUCGCCUCAGCGUCAUGUCCUGUGAAGUUGGUCUUAUCUUUCCUGUUACAGUUUGAUUAUAGCGAGCUGAUAAUAGCAGUAGAUAGUGCUGAGUUAAUGUUUUGUGAUAUUGUUGCAGUUGUGAUAACUUGUCACAUCACAGAGGAUUUACACUCACCGGCCACUUUAUUAGGUACACCUGUUCAAUUGCUUGUUAUUACAAAUAGCUAAUCAGACAAUCACAUGGAAGCAACUCAGUGUAUUUAGGCAUGUAGACGUGAUGAAGAGGACUUGCUUAUGUUCAAACUGAGCAUCAGAAUGGGGAAGACUUGAAGUGACUUUGAAUGUGACAUGUUGUUUGGUGGCAGACGGGCUGGACUGAGUAUUUCACAGACUGCUGAUCUACUGGGAUUUUCACACACAACCAUCUCUAGAGUUUACAGAGAAUGGCCAAAAAAAGAGAAGAUAUCCAGUGAGCGGCAGUUGUGUGGAUGAAAAUGCCUUGUUGAUGUCAGAAGACAUUGAAUGGACAGACUGGUUGAUUGGAUGACUGUGUGAUGCUGUCAUCAUGUCAUGUAGGGACCAACAUCUCUGAGGACUGUUUUCAGCAACUUGUUGAAUCGAUGCCAUGAAGGCAGUUCUGAAGGCAAAAGGGGGUCCAACCCAGUACUAGCAAGGUGUACCUAAGAAAGUGGCCCGUGAUUGCCCAUGCUUAGCAUGUGUUUGAAUUAUGUCGCCUUCAGGUACUGAAACUAUUGGCACCAAAUUUUGUAGAAAAAAUGUUUUUUUCUACCACUCUGAUGAGGACUGGAUGGAAAUAAACUGAGUUGAUUGAUGAUUCAGAAUACACAAAUCAAUAAAUGUAGAAAUAAACAAAUAUGUCAGAGUACUUGAUGUAUGAAAAUGUAGAAAUAUAUUCAAAAUAUGUAAUUAAUAAUUAUGCAUAUAUUGUUUCCAUCCCACAUACAAUUCCACUACAUGGUAAUUCUUGGUUUAUCUCUCACAGUGUACUUCUGUGUUCAAUAGAAUGUCAGAGUGGUAGUACCUGGUACCAGCUAAUAAUUAAUCCUUGUUUAUAUAAGGAUGCAAUAAAGUACUUUUGACAAACACA